UUGAUUGAAACAAUAGCGCGUUUUAAUAAUACAUUUUGAAGAUAUGACUGAAGAUACCAUUGAUUUGGAUCCCAAGACUGCAGCGGUUAUGAAAAAGAAAGGUUAUGAAUUUCAAAAAAAGUUAAGUCAAGGAGCUUUCGGUCAGGUUUAUAAAGGAACCAAUUCUAAGACCGGUAUCGAAACGGUUGCCAUCAAAGUAAUGGAUUUAAAAGCCGUCGGCGAAAAAUUUAAAGAUAAGUUCCUUCCGCGAGAGAUCGAUGCUCUUAUUGGUGUCAAACACGACAAUACUGUCUUUAUUUAUGACAUAAUUCGAUGCAAUCAUAAGAUGUAUAUCUUUAUGGAGUUUUGUACAGACAGUGAUGUCGCUAAUUAUCUACAGAAGAAUAAUGCAAUUCCUGAAGAAAAAUCAUGUAUUUGGUUCACACAAGUGUCUCAAGCAGUUUGUUGGAUGCAUACCAAUCUUCAUAUGGCUCAUCGGGAUAUUAAAUUGGACAACAUUUUGCUAACCUCUAAGUCGGGCGAAUUAAUUGCUAAACUGACAGACUUUGGUUUUUCGAAGAAAUGUUGGAAUGAAGAUCAAGAAAAGGUUGAGUUGUCGAAGACAUUCUGUGGUACCGAACCCUACUAUAGCCCACAAAUUGUGUCCAAAAAAGAGUACAACGCUUUCGCUGCCGAUGUUUGGGCGCUGGGAGUCGUCUUGUUUUGUAUGCUUAACAAUAAGUUUCCCUUUCAUUUCAAUGACUCGAAGAGACAAAUUAAAGAGCAAACCGACAGAUCAUUCAUUGACAGCCGUUUCAUCAAAGACUUUGGCAAAGAUCUCAAAGAUCUUCAUUACAAGUGUUGGACCGAAAACGAGAAGAACAGAAUCACAAUCCAGGAUCUCCUCAAACAUCCCUGGAUUGUACGUAAAGGCAAGUAAUGCAUACAAACAGCACUUAAUGUUAAUGAGAAAAAUUGUAUCGUUUAUGAGUGACGUCUAAAGUAAAACCU